AGUAUCGCCUCGCCAAAGACAAAAUACGGCUAAGAGCUUUAGAUUUGCAAGUGAUGUUUCAUGCUUUUCAUUCUAAGUGGGCGGCAAAUUUCGUUUCAUCGUCUUCGUUUGGAAUUAGUUUCUUCUGAUCCAAUGAAGCGUAUUGAACUUUAUACAUUUUACUAAUUAUGCCUUCACACCUUCCUCUGAGAAAUUAUUAGUUGCUGACAGAAAUUUCUAUUGGCCACAAGUCGCUUUAAAUUGCUUCUGACUUCUUCACGGCAUUAACUCAAUUAAAUGUGUAGUGUACUUACUGGAGCUAAACGGUUCUUUCAGUGUUCAUGCUUUCUCGACAAAAACAGAAAACAUGCAUGAAUUAAGCAUUGGGCACGAAGCUUGUCCUUUUCGUCAUGACGCGUGCUUCCUGUCUCCCGUUGAAAAAGGGAACGUUUAGUUUCUCGACCAACCGCGUGUUCACUUUGCUUGAAAACGACGGAAGCGACAGCAGCGUAACUCUUCAACAUCUGGGAGAAAGCUUCUCCCAACCAUCAUUAACGAAAGCGCAGUCCAGCGUCAAGAAAGCGAGGGGGUCGAUGAGUUCAUCGAGCGAGAUCUCUUUCCCGCCUUAUGAAGUCGUCCCUGCUACUCGGCCUAUCAUCGUCAUCGGGCCUUCGCUCCGAGGAUACGAGGUCACUGAUCUUAUGCAUAGAGCUCUCUAUAACUUUUUGAAGAAGAGAUUUAGCGGAAAAAUAUCAGUGUACAGAACUCAUGCGGACAUUGGUUUGUCAAAGCGAUCAAAGAACAAUCCCUCAGAGAAAGAAAGAUUUAAUAUCACAAAGGCAGGGGGCCCACGAAUGACAGCUGAAGUGCAGAAAGAAGUAGAGCGUAUAUAUGAAUUGACCAAAGGUCUUAACAUGGUAGUUAUCGACUGUGACGCCAUCAAUCAUCCGUCCCAGCUAUUGGACUGCUCGCUGGCACCAAUCGCCGUAUACAUCAAAAUGGAACCACAGAUUCUGGAAAAACUUGUUAAGCUUCGUGGAUCUAAACGUAAGAACCUUGGCGCUCAAGUCGUAGCUGCUCAGAAGUUGGCACAAUGUAAUGAGGAAAUGUUUGACUUGGUUCUUGAUGAGGCCAUCUUUGAGGACGCCUGCGAGCACUUAGGGGAGUUUUUAGACCAGUAUUGGAGGGACUUGCACCCGAAUGAUAAUGAGGACGGGGCUGAGUCAUUAUCGGAGAAGAUGCCUCUUCUCCAGGGACCCAGUCGAGUUCCUGCUUUGAAGGGUGCACAGAGUUUAGCCAAAAGCCAGCAGGGUGUUGCUGGGGGAAAACCAGGUUCUCCAUUGAAAGGUGCACAACAACAAGGUGGACAGAGAGGGACACAAGGCACAAGUGGCUCUCAAACAAACCAAAGGAAAAUGGCGGUGAGUGGCAAUGCACCGGAUUUUGGUAAGAAACUCCACGAAGCUUUCCAGAGUUCGCAGUCGCAUAAAACCACCGAGCCAGAGUAUCAUUCGAGUUACGGACAGGAACCGCAUUAUGAUCAACAUCAUCAACAUCAACAACAUCAACAUCAGCAACAGUACUAUGGCCAGGGGGAGCAUUACCAGCAAGAGCAACAAUAUGGGUCGGAAAUGUACGGGCCCCAGCAAGGCUACACAUCGGAGCCUUAUCACCAGGGGUACCAACAGCAGUAUGGUCAUGACAGCCAAUACGGCUAUGGACAAUAUGGGCAGGACCCCAAUGAGGGGUACUCUCAUGGGUACGAGAACCAGUACCCCGACUCUUAUUAUGACAGGGAAGCAAGUAUGGGGUACCAACAGCAAUACAGACAUGAAAUGGAUAGUCCUUACCAACAACAACAACAACAACAACAACAUCAACAUCAACAACAACAGGAGUGGUAUGAUGACUCAAGCAACUAUUAUGGACGAGAUGUCUACUAUCAUUAACAUUUUUCUUGUUGAACAGAGUCAGAUCAACAGUGGGCAAUCUCAAUUUGAUCACUGAAUUUAAAUUUGAAAGCCUACCAAGCGAUAGGCAGAGAAUUCACAAUGGUUCAAACAAAUUCAAGGACCAUAUGCCAAGUGGUAUUGGAUAGAUGUUGCACGUUUUGUAUUUGCCACAGCAUGAUCUUUUUCUUAUUAUGCGGAGCAUUCACAUAUUUUGUCAUGUGAUGCAAAAUGAAAUGACACUUGCAUGCUUUACAGCACUAAAUUGACUGCAUGAAAAUAGACUUGACAAAGUUAUCUCAUGACAGUUAUAAAAUCAAUGUUGAUGGCUCUUCCAACAAAGCAAAGAGCUUCUUUAGCUGCCCAUUUAUGCUCACCAAAGAGUUGUCUUUGCUAUUCAGCGAGAACUCCACAUAUGUAUACAAAGUAUGAUUUGAGGACCUGUAACUUCCUGCCUUUUUGCUUGAUCACUACUCCAGAAACAACUAUCCCAGGAAAAGGAGUUUUACUGUUUUGACCACAACUUAGACUACAUGUAAUUAAUUCAAUAAAUCCCAAUAACUGAGCUGAAAGCUAUGAACAAGUCAUUUUUGACUUGCUGCCUGCAAUAAUUCUUUUCAGGUCUUAGUCAAUGUAACUAACCUAGAAUGAAUUAAAGCCUAAAAAAUGGCUUCAGCUAAACUCUUUUAUCACAAAGCAGGGCUGUCAAAUAAUUGUGAAUAACUGGAUUGUGACACAAAGUAGGGCGGCACUACAGGUUGAAUGCCCCUCCACAGGCUUGGGCUCUGGGAGCCAAUAAGGCCCCAAAGCAUUCUGAAUAGCUGGCUCAUUUUUCAGAGUAGACUGUGAAAUGCACUGGUAGCUAAAUUAUUUUGAAAAUCUUGAAAAUGUGAUCUGUAAUGUUAAGUAACCAACAAUAUUCAAGAGAUUUUUCAAUGCACUGAACUUACAAUUUGAAAGAGCGAGGAGCACUGCUCUUUUCAAGAUGAAAACCCAAAUCUGUCUAAUUUAACCUUUGUAGUAGAAUGAAAGAAAAUAUUCAGCAGUAGUUUUAGUAGUUUAGUCCAGUCUCACACUACAGCAAUUUUUUUUAACCAUUUGGUUGGAACAAUUGAGUAGAAUAGAUCACACAACAAAUAAUGUUGUCCUGUUAAUUAUGUUAAAUAGCUUUAUAAAAUAAAAUUUUGUAUUUCAAAGACAA